UAAAGGAAGGGGUGCGGGGUGCGGAUUGCGUGGUGACUGACUGAACCGUGAAACCUUUCUCGCUUCGCCGCCCACUGCCUGCCGCGCGUCGACGUCUCCGAUAGUCCGAUCCCCUCAGCCUUAUCCAUGCACGCGCGCUAUCCCCAACCCAAGCACCGCAUCGGCGCCCCUCACCUGCCGCCGGCCGCCGUGGCCCGCUCCGCCCGAUGGAAUGCCGCUCCUGACCUAAGCGAAGCUCCCCCAGCCAGCGCUCCGAGCCGAUGCCGCUCGCAGGCAUUGCCCUCGCGCCUCUCCUCGUCUCCCCGCUCCCGCCUCCCUCUCCCCGUGGCAGCGUUGCCGCCGUCUCUGCAGAGCCCGCGAGAAGGCGCCGCGCGCUACGGCGGGUCCGGUGCUCGGCCGCAGCGGCGUCCGGAGGAGGCGGCGACGCCGUCGAGCUUUCCCGCGCGACGCUGCUCUGGAGGGCGGCCAAGCUGCCCAUCUACUCCGUGGCGCUCGUGCCGCUCACCGUAGGGACUGCUGCUGCUUAUAACCAUGCAGGGUUGUUCUUUGCCAGGCGCUACUUUGGCCUCCUGGCUGCUGCUGUCCUUGUGAUCACCUGGCUCAAUCUGAGCAAUGACGUUUAUGAUUCAGAUACCGGCGCUGAUAAGAACAAGAAAGAAUCCGUGGUCAAUAUUGUUGGCAGUCGAGCAGCGACACAAUAUGCUGCAAAUGUUUCUCUUCUGCUCGGCUUUGGUGGGCUAUUUUGGGCCUUUGCGGAAGCAGGGGAUGUCAGGUUCAUCGUUUUGGUGCUAUGUGCAAUCCUCUGUGGUUAUGUUUACCAGUGCCCGCCGUUCCGAUUAAGUUACCGCGGUCUAGGCGAACCAUUAUGUUUUGCUGCAUUUGGCCCAUUGGCAACGUCAGCAUUCUACUUCUCAAACAGCAGCAGAAGCAUUUCAAGCAGGACUGCAGCUCUUCUCCCUCUCAGCAAAACAGUCAUAGCUUCAUCCAUUCUUGUUGGGUUGACAACUACCCUGAUACUCUUCUGCAGCCACUUUCACCAGAUUGAAGGAGACAGGGCUGUUGGAAAGAUGUCUCCCCUGGUAAGAAUUGGCACCAAGACAGGCGCGACACUAGUGACAGUUGCGAUCGGCACCCUUUACACUCUCUUGACGGCUUUUGGCAUAAGCAGAUGCCUCCCACCAUCCUGCAUUGUCCUUGGCGCCCUGACUCUCCCUCUUGGCAAAUGGGUUGUGGACUAUGUGCAGAGAAACCAUGAUUUGAUGAAAAAUGCAGGAUGACACCAAGAUCUUCAUGGCCAAGUAUUACUGCGUUCGGCUGCACGCCUUGUUCGGGAUGGCGCUGGCUUCCGGUCUGGCGCUGGCCAGGAACGGCAUACUAGCCUGACAGGCAGACAGGCAGACCGACAGAUGGGCCACCAUUGACAGUUGACAGUUGGUACAGAGAAAUGCUUCCUUCUUAUUGCAGUCUCACACAGAUGGAGUAAAACACACACAACUUUUACAGCCAGUGCAAUGCAAUGGCAGUGCAUUUGCGCAGUCCUCUCGCUGGAAGAGAAGGCGGCCGGAUUGUGCAAGCAGAGGUUCAGAGGCUGUUGGUUUUCUGGCUCUAGCUUAGUACAGUGGCCUCUAGCAUCCCGUGAUCUAGGUUUCUUUUCUGUCUGCAAGCAAAGAGAGGGCUAGCUUGGCGUGCUCGUCCUCGUCCGUCGCAGCUAGAGUAGAUACUAGUACUAGAUCGCCGUUUGCUCCUGCAGCAGGAUAUGAAUUGAAUUGAAUUGAAUUGAAUUCUGAUGAGGCAGUCGGGA